UGUUGACGCUGGCGCUGGCGUCGCUGUCGACAGCAUCGUAAUUGCCUUUGUUAUGCGCAGGCAAAUGCAAAGGCAGCGAAGAAACCAUUUAAAUUGCGGCGGUGCCUGCUGUACGACUGUCAAAACGUUUUUCAAUUUGUGGCGAAAAAGACACAUUACUCAACAAUACACAUUUGAGGAAGGACCUCAGAGCAAACAAGGAGAAAUAAAAAUAAAAAGAAUCAAGUGAAAUUAAAAAAGCAUAAACUAUUUAUGAAGCAAACAAAUUUUAAGUGCUAAUAAACAAGAAAUUGCAUACCAAAUGAACAAAAAGACAAUGUGUGCUGGCAAAUACAAAGUGAACGCCUAGCAUAAAAUUAUUCUCAUAAGCAAUAAACCGAAUUUAUCAGAAAAAGGCAAAAAUCGAGAAAUCGAGGCAGUUUGUAUCAAAGUGCUGAGUAAUAAAAAAAAAAAUGUAUCACAAGAUGUGUUGAGUUAUAAACAAAUAAUUUUCUUUCGCAAUAUUCUAAAAAUUUUCGCUUAUCAAGGCAAACCUGAGCAUUUCCGCUUCCGCCUUACGAUUUGCUGUAUCUACGGGAACGCAAAACGCGAUAAAAAUUUCUUUAAAUUCCAAUUCUAAAACUAAUUAGUAUUAAACGAGAAAAAAGACGCAACAGGAAAAUGUCCGUGCCAAUGUUAUUAACGCUUACAAAUCCCGCCGCCACCCUGGGCGAUACGCUGCUACUGGAUGAACACAUCACAAGUUGCUCCUCGUACGUGGAUACCGCAUUGAUUGUGAACGAGGUUUUGGUUUUGGAUACCCCUACGCAAUCAUCGACAACCUCACCUUGCACGCCUACACUGCAGCAAUUCGUCGUUGAACUACACGCCGACUUAGGUCCUAGCGAGCGCGUUGGCCUCACGGGUGAUGUGAAAGCUUUGGGUGAGUGGCGUUUGGAGCGCUCCGUUGCAUUGCAGCCGCAAUCGGGCGGCCGCAGAUGGCAGGCCAAUGUAUUGUUGCAGACUUGCCGCAACAUUAGCUACCGCUAUUUCAUCUAUGCCGAGGACAAGCAAGGGCGCAAGCAGAUUCGUCGUUGGGAAACACGCCUGCAACCACGCGUGUUCAAGCCUUCAGGCGAGUUGGCUGUUGCAGAAACGCGCGUCGAUCGCUUUGGUGAUGCAGAUGGCAGUGGUGAGACGCAAGUGAAUCGUGGCUGGUUGACGAAUGAGUGCAUAGUGCAGCUGAAGUUUGAACGUGAACAAAUGUUCCAAGUGCUCGAUAUUGAAAAAUUCGAUCCAGCCGACGAAAUUUUAGUUAAGAUUUUGCCGUUGAAUGAGGAGAGCGAAGCAACCGAGUCGGGUGUGCACGUUGAAGUGGCAAAGUUGAAGUAUGGCGAGAGUCAUUUGCAGCCACAGCAGGCUUUUGGCAUUGCCUAUGGACGCGGAGAAAUCGUAGUAUUCCAUAUUACUGCGCCAUGCCCAUUGCAGACCGCUUUUGCGUUGCUUUUCCACACACCCGAUCAGCGUGCAGUCGGCAAGGCCGUCAUUACGGCCGUUCAACUCGCGGGUAGCGAGGGUGUGCUGGAGCUGUCUAUCACUGAGCCGGUGCCUGAGGCCACCACCAUUAUUGCGCGUCUUACACUUCCGUACCUGGUCGUUAAGCCAUUCGCUGACAAGACGCUUGAUUUCCGCACCACAUACGCGCACUACUGGCCCAAGAGCUGGCCAAAUCUGAAUGUCGGGCAUCGUGGUAAUGGACGCAGUUACAUUGCUGAUCCACCGGCCGAACGUGAAAACACGAUUGCUUCUUUUAUGCGCGCAUACGAAAAAUUCGCAGACAUGAUCGAGUUGGAUGUGCACUUAACAGCCGACGGAGUGCCGGUGAUCUACCAUGACUUUGGUAUGCGCACAGCGCGUAAGGGUAAGGAAGUCACCAAGCCAGAGCAGCUGGAGUAUGUGCUGAUCAAGGACGUGAACUAUGAGAAACUGAAGCAAUUGCGCGUAUUCGCCAUUAUCAAUGGCAAGCCAGUCGAAUUUCCGUCCCACAACGACGAGCCACGUGUAGAUCAUCGCAUCUUCCCCACACUAGUUGAUGUACUUGAGGGACUGCCCAAGUCUCUGGGAAUCGAUGUUGAAAUUAAGUGGCCACAGCGACGUGCCAGCGGUGCGCCCGAAGCGCAUCAGACAAUCGACAAGAAUUUCUUCACUGAUCGUGUGCUGGCAACUGUCAUCAAUCAUGGCUGUGGUCGUCCGCUGAUUUUCUCCAGUUUCGACGCGGACAUUUGCACUAUGCUGCGUUUCAAGCAAAAUCUUUUCCCUGUGAUGUUCUUGACCCAAGGUCAAACCAAGAAAUGGUUGCCAUUCAUGGAUUUGCGUACUCGCACGGUUGAACAAGCGAUCAACAAUGCGCAAGCUUUCGAGUUGGCAGGCACAGCGCCACACGCUGAGGAUUUGUUGAGUGAAGAAGGUGCCGAAUUGCUCCAAAAGGCACGGAACUUGGGACAGAUUUCGGUUGUGUGGGGUGACGAUUGUAACUCAAAGGAGCGGGUGAAGUACUUUGUGGACAUUGGUGCGACUGCAACCUGCUACGAUCGCACAGAUUUGUAUAUACCCGAAGACAAGGAGCGUGCAUUCUUCAAUUCGUCUAGCCUGUUGGCGCAAUUCGAGGACCAGUGCCUGCGCUAAGUGGGCGGUGGUGUGGACAGAGAGCAGUGAUAGUGAUAAGGGGCGGGUAUAGACCCGGCAGGGAGGGUAGUAAUUAAGAGAUAAGCAGAAUCGAACGGUCGAUUGGCGGAAAAAGGGCGGGCCAUUAGCCAUCAUAAGUGAGGGGCUUAUGUAGAGCCGAAUUUUAAUAAUAUAUAUACAUAUAUAUUUUUUUAUAUAAAAUAUUCACAAGAUAAAUAUUAGAGCAAUAUUUAAAAAUACUUACAAACUUAGAACAAAACAAACAAAAACACUUACGCUAAAGAUUUUAUUUAAUACACACACAAAGGAAAAUGUAGACAAACAAUCUAAUUAAUGAUGAUGUUCAAAUGAAAGAAAGAAAAAAAAAUAUGCUUAAAAAAUAAUUGAAAACAUAAAAAAAUAGUUCCCUUAAAGAAAGAAAUAUUUAAAAAUUUGGAACUGUUUUUUAUUUAAGUCGCAACUUGCGAUCAACGUCGUUCGCUGGCGAACACAGAUCGCUAAGUGAGCGCAAGAGAAAUCAGAAGCGAAAGUAUAAGGUAUAGUGCGAAUGUAUUGGCAGCCCCGCAGCCGCUAUCCAGCUCGAGCUCCGGUGUGGAACUGUGGUGCGUGACCCCCAAUGCAGUAAGUAAUUCUGCCCCUGAAAAAAAAAAAAAUUAAAAGCAACAAACAACUCUCAGUGUUUCUUAAAGAAGAUGUAAUUCUAUUUAAAAUUGAGAGUCUGUAUGUGAGUAGAUCAGGGUGAGAGUCACUUGAACACAUAGCCCCAAUGAGUUUGAGAGUGAGAUAUGGACCUGUUUACAUAAAAAUUACUAUUUUACCUUAUUACUUUGGCCUUUCUUGAUGGCAUCAAUUCGAGGCUAUUUUUGAUGAAAAUUUAAUUUUAAAUUUAAAAAUGACAAUAACUUAAAAAAUAUUUAUUUUAAGAACAGUU